CCUUUGCAAACGCAUCAUUUUCUAAUUCCCCCCUACUUUUUAUAUUAAUUUAUAUAUAUCAUCUUUGACCAGGAAAAGUAUAAACCAAAAUCCAAGAAAAGAGAGAGAGAGAGAGAGAGAGAGAGGUUGCUGUUCUUCUUCAUCUUCUUCUCUCCUUCGACAAUCCUUAAGCUUUAGGGCAUGCAGAAGAGCUUUUUAGUACCAGUUCUCCAAUCUGCUUCUCUGGAACUUGAGGCUUGAAUUUGGUGAAGAGAUGAAGUCUUCUCUGAAGAAGCUGACGGGAUUUAGCCUCCAUAAGAGUGAUCCGAAGGAGAAGAAGGGGCGACAGACUCUGGGCAAGUUUGAUGAACUCGUUCAGGCUUCCCAGGAUCUGCAAGACAUUAGGAACUGCUAUGAUACCUUACUUUCAGCAGCGGCUGCCACUGCAAAUGGUGCCUAUGAGUUCUCUAUAUACCUGAAGGAGAUGGGUGACUGUUUGCUUAAGAGAACUUCACUGAAUGAUGACGAGGGAAAUGAGAAUGCUUUAUCAAUGUUGGGCAAAGCACAAUAUGAGCUUCAGAAACUUUUGGAUACCUAUCGCGGCCAUGUCACCCAAACUAUUACAAACCCUUCAGAGUCUCUCAUUAAGGAGCUUCAAUUAGUGGAGGAGAUGAAACGUCAAUGCGAUGACAAAAGGGACAUGUAUAAAUUCAUGUUAGAGAAGCAGAGAGAAAAAGGAAGGACAAAACACACUAAAGGGGAAACUUUCUCAGCACAGCAGUUGCAAGAAGCUCAAGAGGAGUAUGAAAACCAAGUGACAUUAUUUGUCUUCCGAUUGAAGUCACUGAAACAAGGCCAGUCCCGAAGUUUGCUGACACAGGCUGCUCGACACCAUGCUGCUCAGUUGAAUUUUUUCCGGAAAGGACUCAAGUUUCUUGAGGAUGUUGAUUCAUAUAUUAAAGUAGAUGUCGAACAACAACAUAUUGAUUAUCAGAUCCAGGAACUAGAUGAUAAUGCAGAAGAGGAUGUGGAUGACGGUGGUGGUUAUGAUAGCGGUGAUGGUGAUGAUGAACCGAGUUUUGAUUAUAGUCGAAAUGACCAAGGGCAGGAGGUUUUCUCAAUGCCGAGGAGUUCAUGGGAGGACAGAAACCAAGCUGAUCUACUUGGUUACUCUGGAAUGUCUAAGGCCGGAAGUCAGUCAGCACCAAUUUUUGCUGAGAAAGUAUUUGAUUCAUCAGACAAGUUAAAAGAAACACAACCCUCGUCAACAAGGAAGUCUUACUCGUAUGUCUUACCUACGCCCGGUGACACCAAAAGUUCAGACUUUGUCAUCCCUAAGGUUAUUUCUUCAGCUCAAGUGAAGAAUAAUGAUGGGAGGCCAGCUUAUGUGUGGCAUUCCUCACCUCUGGAGCCACAUAAGUCCGUGAAUGAAUUCAGAGUUGAUGGACUACCAAGCAACAUGAGAUCAGCAAAAGCAGUGUCAGUGCUGAAAGAGAACAACAGAAACAGUGACACCAAGAUGCCCCCUCCUUUGGCUGAGUCAUCAAUGCUACAAUAUAAUGCUCGCAUUACUUCUACUAAGAAGAAUAGCAGACAAGCUUUCUCUGAUCCAAUUAUCAGCAAACCAGCUGAAUCCAUGUCCUUUGCAGGAUCUCUUACAACAGUAUCUGCAAGGCGGAGCCCUACGCAUCAGCCAUCUAUAUCUCCAAGCAUAUCACCUAGAGCAUCACCUCCGCCAAUAUUAUCUCCAAAAAUCAGUGAACUUCAUGAGCUCCCUCGACCUCCGAUCAGUUCCACAAGAUCUCCAAGACCUUAUAGCUUGGUUGACCACUCAGCUCCUUUGGUUUCCAGAGGCCAAGAACACCAGAUAUCAAGCAAAUCGCCAUCGGGUCCAUUAGAAACGGCGACUCCAUUACCGCCACCGCCUACGGGUAUGAUGCGCAGUCAUUCCAUACCUUCUAGUGGUCAAAGAACUCCAACAGCAUCAGCUACGAAGUCAAUAAAGGCUCCUCAUACUACUAGCAGGGUGUAUGACUUUGCUUCACCUCAUCUAAUGCCCCUACCUCCAUCUUCAAAAGCAUAAGGUAACUGAACCUUUAAGUGCAUAUGUCAGUCUAAUGCUUUUACAGUGAUUUCGAGCCAAAUUUUACUGAUUCGUAGAUUGCAUAAUGUGGUCUUAACACAAUAUACUUAGGCAAGACUCAUGAUUCUACUUUGAGGAUGAUCUUCAUUUUGAAUGUUUUAACAGUAUGGCCGAUCGAAAUUGAGAUUUGUCCUCGUCUACAACAACUACUAUUCAACUAUCCCUAUCUGUUAUCCUUUUUGCUCUGGGUUGAUCAGCAAUGGACCUUUUACCUUAUAUUUCUUCAAGCUUAUGAACUGCGAGAUUAGUUGGUUAGGCACUGAUUCCUGAUGUCAUCCAAUGUUGUUGAUUCAUUUGAAAACCCUUAAAUUUUCUGUUCUUUUGGUAGCAUGUUUGCAGCAGAAGUCAAGCUCCAGACCCAGGGAAACUUUUGUGGUUUCUGUAAAUAAUCAAAUUUACAUUCUUUAGUAUCUGUCUGUGCAUCCUUGUUCUCUUUGAUGGAUUACAAGGAUGAGUUGCAAUGCAAUUGAGAAUGUUUCACUUGGCUUAUGAUUCAUCAAUGAAAAAGUACUUUUGUUCCCAAA